AUGGGUACACUAGGGUUUUUAAGCGAGUGGAAGUUCGAGGAGUACAAACGCGCAUUUCGUGAGGUAUACAUGUCUGGUGCGGGAGCAGGGGACCGAGCUCCUAUGUUAGAAGCGUCGAGGUGUACUGCCACAGAUUAUCAAGCAGAUUUUCAGACAGGUCCUACGGGAUGGUCGUCGAUCCGUGGGAAAUCAAUGGGCUCGAGUCGCGGAGCUCGCAUUUUGAUGCGAAACCGCUUAAAAGUUGGGCUUUUCACUGCAGACGGGAGACCUGUUCGGCAAGACCGAAGCCCGACUUCCAUACAGAAUACGUUGAGCAGCCAGGGAGUGUAUGUAAUGAACGAAGUGCUUCUCCAUCGUGGCAAGGAGCCGCAUCUUGCGGUGGUGGAUGUUUAUGUCGGAGGACGAUUCCUUACAGAGGCAGUAGCGGAUGGGAUCAUUAUCUCGACGCCCACGGGUAGUACCGCAUACAGCUUGAGUAGUGGUGGUAGUAUUGUGCAUCCCUUGGUGCCUUCGGUUCUACUAACUCCAAUCUGCGCCCGGAGUCUGAGUUUCCGGCCUUUGGUUUUACCAUCCAGCACGUCGAUUACGCUGAAACUGAGUGAAAAGAACCGGGGUCGUGAAUUAGAGAUGAGUAUUGACGGGGUCAACAUGGGUCAGGGAAUGGCUGUUGGUAUGGAGGUCCGAGUAUGGAACGAAGAGAUGCGGCACGGCAAAAACGAAUGGCAGGGAGGAGUACCAUGUGUGAUGAGGAGAAUCAUGGGUGGUGAGGCGCAUGAUGGAUGGGUUGGCGGUUUGAAUGGGCAGCUCAAAUUUAACUACCCCUUCGGCGAAGAACCAUGA